AUGGUGAAGGACAACAGCAGGGAGAGAAGUGACAUGGUGAAGGACAACAGCAGGGAGAGAAGUGACAUGGUGAAGGACAACAGCAGGGAGAGAAGUGACAUGGUGAAGGACAACAGCAGGGAGAGAAGUGACAUGGUGAAGGACAACAGCAGACAGAGAAGUGACAUGGUGAAGGACAACAGCAGGGAGAGAAGUGACAUGGUGAAGGACAACAGCAGGGAGAGAAGUGACAAGGUGAAGGACAACAGCAGACAGAGAAGUGACAUGGUGAAGGACAACAGCAGGGAGAGAAGUGACAUGGUGAAGGACAACAGCAGACAGAAAGAAGUGACAUGGUGA